AACAUGGACUUUCAUGAUUCGUUCACAGGAGUUGGACGAGUUUGUCUUUAUCGACGAUUUAUGCCCUUUAAGAGUCGAUUAGCAUAAAUUGAUUAAUGGGGCUGAAAACAUAGACUCCGAUCUCCAAUUCGAGCCACAUUCGAAGUCGCAGCGCAGAAUAUGAGCAGAAUCAGCAGAAUUAGACUAACAGAUAUUUCUCAUCGUUUAUAUAACAUCAAACUCGAUAAUACGCGUUGGAAUAUGUAUCUCCUAUUUAAACUUGUUAUAUAUCCGAGUCUUAACUGCUUGUCCUUCGUUUAACGGAAAUUUCAGUUUGUUAAAAUGUAUUACGAGAAGUGUUCAUCGACCACCGAACGCGAGGAUCACGAAAUGAGAAAUACCAUUGACUUAAGGAGCGACACGAUGACGAAGCCCACCGAGGAGAUGAGGGAAGCGAUGAGGAACGCAGAGGUCGGCGACGACGUCUACGAGGAGGACCCGACAGUAAAACAAUUGGAAAUGAAAGCUGCAGAGAUGGUCGGUAUGGAGGACGCCUUGUUCGUCUCCUCUGGAACACUGGGAAACUUGAUCGCAAUAAUGAACCACUGCAAUACACAAGGGUGUGAGGUAUACUGUGGCGAAGAGUCCUACUGUUUGCAUUAUCAGGCCAAAGCUGCUGAGCUGGUAGGCGCCGACCUGAGGCCUCUUAACAAUAAAAGCGAUGGGACCUUUUGCCUGAUGGAAUUGGAAGGAAAAUUGCACAGAGCCAGAGAUGACGAGCCUGUCAACAGGUUGGUAAUGGUGGAGAAUACUUUAAAUGGGAAAGUAUUGCCACUGUCCUGGCUCCGAGACCUGGUAUCGCUCUGUGAACGAUUCCAAUUGAAGUUGCACAUGGACGGGGCCAGGGUAUGGAACGCUUCCGUCACUUCCGGGAUUCCUGUACCCGAGAUCGUGCAGGGAUGCGAUUCUGUCAUGUUCUGUCUCAGCAAGGGUCUAGGCGCUCCCGUAGGAUCCCUUCUUUGCGGAACCAAAGAGUUCAUUGUUAAAGCGAGGAGAACGAGGAAAAUUCUCGGAGGAGGCAUGAGGCAGGUCGGAGUUUUGGCUGCCGCCGGCUUGCUGGCAUUGGAUCACGUUCCAAACUUGAUCCGUGAUCAUGAGAAAGCCUCGAUUAUUGCCUCGACUAUCGCUGGGUUGCGUUCGAAAGUGUUCUUUAUCGAUUUAGCCAGCGUACAGACGAACAUGAUCUUCGUGGAGGUGCGUUCCGACGUUCCGCAAGCCAACGGCUUGUUCGUCAAGCGUUUGAGGAAGAUGGACGAGCAGGGAGUCAUCGUCAAGUGUCUGGCAUUGGACGACAGCCUCGUCAGAUUCGUUUUUCAUCGCGACAUCGACGAACGAUCGGCGACGUUGGCUGCGAGGAAGAUCGAAACCGUGAUCAAGGAACUGGAACGAGAGCUUUCACGUGGAAACUGACAAACGUUAUAUGAUACAUUGUGUUCACGAAUAAAUCGAACUAAAAUAUAACAAAUGCCAAACUAAA